AGCACCCAGUGCAGCAGCUGCAGGGACCAGCCUCCCCCCUGCACCCUCCCCUCUCACCCUAGGACAUCUCCCUGAGAUCUAGAAUGGACCGAGAGAAAAAUGCCCGGCGGUGGCUUUUCUACCUCCUGCUGCCGGUCCUGUUCUACGGUGUUGGAGGCACCAUCCCUACCCCUCAGAGGCUCUACGGGGAGGUGACAUCCCCUUUGUUCCCCAAGCCUUACCCUAACAAUUUUGAGAGGACCACUGUGAUCACAGUACCCACGGGGUACAGGGUGAAGCUUGUCUUCUGGCAGUUUGACCUGGAGCCUUCGGAAGGUUGUUUCUAUGACUAUGUCAAGAUUUCUGCUGAUAAGAAGACCAUGGGGAGGUUCUGUGGGCAGCUGAGUUCUCCCCUGGGCAACCCCCCAGGAAGGAAGGAAUUCAUGUCCCAAGGGAACAAGAUGCUGCUGACCUUCCACUCGGACUUCUCCAAUGAGGAGAACGGCACCAUCAUGUUCUACAAGGGCUUCCUGGCAUACUACCAAGCCGUGGACCUGGACGAAUGUGCCUUGCAGCUCAACUCGGUUGAGGAGGACACCCCGCCUCGGUGCCAACACUUGUGCCACAACUACGUCGGCGGCUAUUUCUGCUCCUGCCGUCCAGGCUAUGAGCUCCAGCAGGAUGGGCGUUCCUGCCAGGCCGAGUGCAGCAGCGAGCUGUUCACGGAGCCCUCCGGCUACAUCUCCAGCUUGGAGUACCCCCAACCCUACCCCCCCGACCUGCGCUGCAACUACAGUAUCCGAGUAGAGCGGGGCCACACCCUCCACCUCCAAUUCCUGGAGCCUUUUGAAAUUGAUGACCACCAGCAAAUACACUGUCCCUACGACCAGCUGCAGAUCUAUGUCAAGGGGAGGAACAUUGGUGAGCUCUGUGGAAAGCAAAGGCCCGAGCACAUUGAUGCCCAAAGCAACUCGGUGGACCUGCUCUUCUUCACGGACGAGUCAGGGGACAGCCGGGGCUGGAAGCUGUACUACACUAGUGAAGUCAUCAAGUGCCCCCAGCCGAAGACCCUGGACUCAUACACCAUCAUUCAGGACCCGCAGCCUCAAUACCAGUACCGGGACUAUUUCAUCGCCACGUGCAAAAAAGGCUACGAGCUCGUGGAGGGCAACAAGGUGCUCCUAUCCUUCACAGCUGUCUGCCAGGAUGAUGGCACAUGGCACCGAGCCAUGCCCAGGUGCAGGAUCAAGAACUGUGGGCGGCCCCGAAGCCUGCCCAAUGGGGUCUUCAAUUACAUCACCAGAGAAGGGGUGAAUACCUACGAGGCCCGCAUCCAGUACUACUGCCAUGAGCCCUUCUACAAGAUGCACACCAAAGACAGCACACGCGAGUCUGAGCGAGGUAAGGACAGGUGUACAUGGCCACCUUCUCCCUCUUGGAGGCGGGUGGCCAGGUGCUGACUUUUCUACGCCCCCCGCCCCUCCAUUGUCUCCUCACCAGUAUGCGGGAAGCCAGUCCACCCCGUGGAGCAGAGGCAACGCAUCAUUGGAGGCCAGAAGGCCAAGCUGGGCAACUUCCCCUGGCAGGCCUACACCAACAUCCACGGGCCCGGGGGUGGCGCAUUGCUGGGGGACCGCUGGAUCGUCACAGCCGCGCACACCAUUUACCCCAAGGACCACGAGGCACAGGGCAGCCCCAAUUUAGACGUGUUCCUGGGCCACAUCAACGUGGAAGAUAUCACCAAGCUGUCCAACCACCCAGUCCGUAGGGUCAUAAUCCACCCAGACUACCGCCAGGAAGAGUCCCACAAUUUUGAGGGGGACAUCGCCCUCCUGGAGCUGGAAAAUAGCGUCACCCUAGGCCCCAACCUCCUGCCCAUCUGCCUCCCAGACAACGAGACCUUCUAUGACCCGGGUCUCGUGGGCUAUGUCAGUGGCUUUGGGAUCAUGGAGGAGAGAAUUUCUCACAACCUCAGAUUUGUCCGUCUGCCAGUAGCUAGGCGAGAGAUUUGCGAGCGCUGGCUCCGGCAAAAAAACAGGAAUGAUGUGUUUUCUGAAAACAUGUUCUGUGCUGGGAACCCAGCCACAAGGCAGGAUUCCUGCCAAGGGGAUAGUGGAGGGGUCUUUGCAGUGAGUGAUAAGAAAAAUGACCGCUGGGUGGCCACGGGCAUCGUGUCCUGGGGCAUCGGGUGUGGAGAAGGGUAUGGGUUCUACACCAAUCUCCUCAACUAUGUGGACUGGAUCAAGAAAGUGAUGGAAGCAGAAGACUGAGCCCAGGAUUGCCUAGGUCAGUCCAGAGAGGAGUGUAUUACAAAAAAAAUUUUUUUAUCUGACCAGUUGUUGAUAACUUCUAAGAAUCCAUAUUAAAAUCACUAAUGCAGAAAGACACCAUGUGAAAUAAAUUCUCUUCUCUAUAGUCCCAUCUACUUUCUUCACCUGAAACAACCCAAAGUUCACCUUUAUUUCCCCAAAGAAUUGCACAAGAUAUAUUCCACCAUCUCUAGGUAUCAUUGUCCUCUUCCAUUUUUAUACCAUGGUGUAACUGAAUAUAGAAUGUCUUCCAAAUAAAAUUUUAUGGGAAAUUC